AUGGUGAAUUCUAAAGAGGGUUUCCGUUUUCGUCCAAGAGAUAGAAAAGCAGUUACUUUCUUGUUGAGAUUCAUUGCUGGACAAGAUAUGAAGGAUCCUGGUUUUAUCACCACAAAUAUUGAUGUUUACGGUAAACAAGAACCGUGGCAGAUUUACGAUCAUGGAGUAGCUUUCGGGAAUGAUGAUGGGGACAACACUUGCAGUCAGUAUCGCUAUUUCAUCACGAAGCUGAAGAAGAAAAACAAGUCCAUGUAUAAUCGCAAUGUGGGAAAGAAUGGUCGUUGGAAACAACAAGACAAGGGAAAAGCAGUUGGAAAGAAGGGAGGACAAGUGAUUGGAUACAAGAAGAGCAUGAGUUAUGAGAAAAAGAAUUGCAAUCUUGAAACAUAUGGGCAUUGGUUGAUGAAAGAGUAUCAACUCUCUGAUGCUAUUAAUAACAAGUUUAAGGAUGAGGAGCGUAGAGAUUGGGUUCUUUGUGCCAUCAAGAAGAAGAAGACGCGAACCACUUCUUCUUCUUCUUCUAUUGGUCUGAAUUUGGAAUGUGCAGAAAAGAUGAUUAAGAGAAUGUUGCAAAGAGGAUCAAAACAGAGCAGGUAUCAAGUUAAAGAAUUCUUGAUGUCCAAUACUGACGAGAGUGAGAAAGGAAUGCCUGAAAUUGAGCAGCAGAUUUCUAUUUGGAGCGCUGAUGCAUUGACAGAGAGUAACAACCAACAACCAGAUGGAGGAGAAAUUGCAGAUUCUUGUGCUAGCGACCCUAUUUUAGUACAAGAAGAGGAACAUGUCCCUGUAUUUAAUUGGACUCAUGAUGCAUCAAUCAUCCAACAAGAACAGGACGAUUCUGUCCUUAUAUUUAAUUCCAAGGAUUGGAGUGUUGAUGAAUUUUUAUUGUCUGUGCAAUGA